CUGCUGUUGCUUCUGUGUCGGACAAACGAGCAACAAGCUUGUCAGAGUGAAACUGAGAAUUAGAAAAUUAAAAGGCGAACUGCGACUGGUUGGAUUUAAACUAACAGUGAACCGACGGCUAAGAGUGUAUUAGCUAACGGAAGCAGGCGGGCGGCUCAGAGACACAGUGAAGGUAUCAUGGCUGCCAUGUUUACCGAGCUCCCCUCCUAGACUCCGCCCCCACACAUAGAUACACAUACCUGCACGCCACCCCCCCCCCCCCCCAGUGAGCCAUUACAAACACAAACACACUAUCUGCUCUCAUGACAACCUCCCAUCUGAACGGCCAUGUUGCUGGAGAGGGAGGAGGAGGAGGAGGAGGAGGAGGAGAUGAAGAGCUGAGGGGAGGACAGCAACACCGGGAAAUGGCCGUAGACUGUCCGGGAGAGCUGGGGAGCCGGACGCUGCCCGUCAGACGGUCCGCACAGCUGGAGAGGAUACGACAGCAUCAGGAGGACCUUCGUCGCCGCAGAGAGGAAGAGGGUCGGCAGAUGGACCUGAACGCCUCGCUGCGACUCAAGAAGCUCUCCCAGAAUCCCCACAUCGGCAUCGACAACCCCACAUUCCUGCAGGACUCGUAUUCACCGCAGCAGCCGCCGCUCGGCAGCCAGCACACACACGCGCUGCUGGAGUUGGAGGAGCUGCUGCUGUCACUGAAGCAGGUCCGAGGCUGUCUGUCCGACCAGCAGAGUCAGAAUGACAUAGAGCUGGUUCUUGCACUACUAAACAAGUCUGACUUCCAGUCAGCGCUGAAGAUCCAUAAUGCCGUGGCCAACAGCAUGCACCGGCCCUCCCCUCCAUACCCACACACACACCAGGCGCUGCAGCUGGCAAUGGAGGUCAGGAAUGUCAUCCAGUCAAGUCAAAACAAAGAGGGACUCGAACUCCACAGCCUGCUGACAGACACACACAUCCAGUCAUUGCUUCUGGCACAUGACAGCAUAGCAGAGAUAGAAAUGGAGCCUGAACCGCUGCCCACCCAGGGAGAGACGCUGACCCAGUGGGGAGGAGAGACUGUGAAGAUAGUUCGCAUAGAGAAGGCCCAGGACAUACCACUGGGAGCGACUGUUCGUAAUGAAAUGGACAGCGUCGUGAUCAGUCGUAUCGUUCGAGGCGGAGCAGCCGAACGUAGCGGACUUUUAUCAGAAGGAGACGAAAUAUUGGAGAUAAACGGCAUAGAGAUCAGAGGGAAAGAUGUCAACCAAGUCUUUGAUAUUCUCGCGGACAUGCACGGCCUCCUGACCUUUGUGCUCAUCCCCAGCACUCAGAGCAAACCUCCUCCUGUCAAAGAGUCUGUGGUCCAUGUGAAGGCACAUUUCGACUACGACCCCUCAGACGACCCGUACGUGCCGUGCAGAGAGCUGGGCCUGUCCUUCCAGAAAGGAGACAUCCUCCACAUCAUCAGCCAGGCAGACCCCAACUGGUGGCAGGCUUACAGGGACGGAGACGAGGAUAACCAGCCUCUCGCUGGACUGGUACCAGGGAAGAGUUUCCAGCAGCAGAGAGAAGCCAUGAAACAGACCAUAGAAGAAGACAAGGAGCCUGAGAAGUCUGGGAAGCUGUGGUGUGCAAAGAAGAACAAGAGGAAGAGAAAGAAGCUUCUGUACAACGCUCACAGGAACGAUGAUAUCGAUAACGAGGAGAUUCUCACCUAUGAGGAGAUGGCGCUGUACCACCAACCGGCCAAUAGGAAGCGGCCCAUCGCGCUGAUCGGGCCGACCAGCUGCGGACAGGCGGAGCUCAGGCAAAGACUGCUCAACAACCAGCUGGAACGAUUCGCCGGAGCCGUGCCUCACACCACACGGAGCCGCAGAGAUGGAGAGCUGAGUGGAAGAGACUACCACUUUGUGUCUCGUCAGACGUUUGAGGCAGAGCUGUCAGCUGGGAAGCUGAUAGAGUCUGGAGAUUUUGAGAAGAACCUGUACGGGACCAGUACAGACUCUGUGAGACAGGUCAUCAACACGGGCAAAAUCUGUGUGCUCUGUCUACACACGCAGGCUCUAAAGGUGCUCAGGAGUUCAGACCUGAAACCUUACAUCAUCUUCAUAGCUCCGCCCUCUCAAGAAAGACUCCGAGCCCUGUUGGCUAAAGACAACAAGAACCCAAAGCCCGAGGAGCUGCGGGACAUCAUCGAGAAAGCUCGGGAGAUGGAGCAGAGCUGCGGUCACCUGUUCGACGCCAUCAUCGUCAACACGGACCAGGACAAAGCUUACACAGAGCUGCUACGACUCAUCAACAAACUGGACACUGAACCCCAGUGGGUGCCCUGCUCCUGGCUGCGCUGAACACACACACACAUGCACUCACACACACGCACUCACACGCACUCACACUCACACACACACACACACACACACCAUUCACAGAGUAGACAUACAGAGCCCACACUUGUGUUUUUACUCAGUGUUGCUGUGGUGAGAGUUGCAACAGAGUAUUAAAGCCACUGUUAGAAACAAA